AUGCGCAUCAUCAACCUUCCCUUCAACCUCGUUUCUGGAAUACCCCUCCAACCACCCUCAACCUCCACCCGAGGCAAGGGCACUCCCCGCCGCAAGGUCAAGAAGGUCCACCACACCGUCGGUGCCGAUGACAAGAAGCUCCAGGCCACCCUCAAGAAGAUGAACGUUCAGCCCAUCCAGGCCAUCGAGGAGGUCAACAUGUUCAAGGAGGACGGCAACGUCAUUCACUUCGCCAACCCCCGCGUCCACGCCUCCGUCCCCUCCAACACCUUCGCCCUCUACGGCAACGGUGAGGAGAAGGAGCUCACCGAGCUCGUUCCCGGCAUCCUGAACCAGCUCGGCCCCGACAGCCUUGCCUCCCUCCGCAAGCUGGCCGAGUCCUACCAGAACAUGCAGAAGAACCAGGCCGGUGACAAGAACGACGAUGAGGAUGACAUCCCCGACCUCGUCGAGGGCGAGAACUUCGAGAGCAAGGUCGAGUAA